AUGACAUCAUCUCCCCUGCCUCUUGAGAUAUGGUGGCUUGUCUGCCAGGAGCUGGUCAGAGACGCGCCGCCAGACUUCAACUCACUGUUCAGUUGCGCACUUGUUGAUCGCGCAAUGGCCAAGGUUGCGCUUCCUCCUCUGUACAGUGUUCACCAUAAAGCUCUGGUUAAUUUGGACGCGUCAAUAACGGGGCAGGUCAGAUGGGCAAACCUAUGGCGCUCCCUGAUCCUGUCCAGCAUUGGCAAGACUGCAUUCCCCUAUGCUCUAUGGAUCCGCAAGCUUCAGCUUGGCGACCUGCAGUUGACGCUCCAGGACAUUGCGCGAAACCCUGCCGUCCGCGAGGAUCUGUUCAGGGGCGACAUGGCCGAGUUCGAGAUUGUCAACAACGUCAACAUGACGCGCGCCGCCCAGAGGAAGCUCGGUAGAGUCCCGUUGGCCUACGACGCCAUCGCACUCAAGGUCGGCGACGCCAUCACUUCCUUCGUCAAAGAUGCGGCUGACCGCAAUGACAAGGUCGUCACCCUGGCAAAGCUCGAGAGCCACCGCAUACCCACCGAUGUCCUGACCACCUGGACGUCUAGGCUGUCCACAUUGAGAUCCCUGACCCUCCGCGAGGUCGACUCGCUCAACGCAGAUGUGGCUUCCGCCAUCCGCCGUGACUGUCCGUCCUUUGCUAAGCUGCGUUGCCUGACUGGCCCUGGGGAGAAUGCCGACGGGGACAUGGCCGCCUUUCUUCUGAGUCUGGCCCCGCAGACCUUGGAGCACUUUGAGGUCAUCUCGUACAAUAACUUUGGUCAGCAGACGUUCGCCGCUCUGGCCUUUCAUUCCAAAAGUCUCAGAAAGAUCAUGUUGGCUUCCAUAUCCCAAGCAGCAGUCCCCGCGCUCUCAUCCCUUUGCGAGUGCACAUCUAUUGAGACCUUGAGGCUAGAAUACGAGUCGCGGGCGAUUUCUUAUCCUUGGAAGGACGACCACAAAGAAUCAUACCUCCAAGUGGCCGAAUGGCUCCGCAACAGCCAGAGUCUCACCAGCCUCGAGAUGUACGCACUGCCCGACAGUCCCUCUCUGUUGGCCAAGGUACUGCCAUCUGAAAACCUGCGCCUGCGCAGCCUCCGCGUCGACAUUUCCGAACUCACUCGGCAGGACAGCGAAUUCUACCCCAGUCUAAGCCACCAGGAGACUCUGGAGGAGCUUUUCAUAGAGAAUUAUGAGGACUCGUUCGGCCCCAGCGAGGCCCUCGUGCGAGCCGUCUCCGGGUGCCGGAACCUUGUCGCCCUCUACGCCGUCAACUCACAAUUCACAGCACUCGACCUUCGCCAGCUUUGCCUGGCCCUGCCAAGGCUUGAAAUACUGCAGUUUGACGGCGAGCAUCAGGACAGCACACUGGACGCGUUGACGGGGUUCGAGCGUCUCAAGUACGUCACCGUCAACGGCACAUCCUCCUUCUCCUUCGACAGACUUUAUUCAUUCAUCGACGGUCUUGCCGCAAAGGGCGAGCCUGCAGAAUCGGCGUCAGCCAACGGCCCAGCGGCCAUAUCCAAGGGGCCGCACUACGGUUUCAGCUUGAUCAUUGCCAGUCAGAUCGGCUUCGGGAGCACCAAGUUCACAAAGGCGCAGGAGACCUCUCUUCAGCAUCUUAUCAAGGAGAGGGUGAAUGGCGAGCUGAGCCUCACAUACAUACAAGACGAGGACGAACUGCACGAGAGCGACUUUUCUGACUGA